AUGGUGCUCUACUUUACCAGCAGUGUGGUCUCGCCACCUUAUAGCAUUUUUAUGGGAAAUGACAAGUUUGAAAAUGAAGAACUAAUUCGCUGGGGAUGGCCUGAGGACGUGUGGUUCCACGUGGACAAGGAGUCGUCGGCUCAUGUGUACCUUCGCCUUCGACCCAAUGAAACGCUCGACGACAUUCCAUCCUCGGUCAUUGAUGACUGUGCCCAGCUGGUCAAGGCGAACAGCAUCAAGGGCAAUAAGCUAAACAACCUCGAUGUCAUCUACACUUUGUGGUCCAACCUAAAGAAAACCGCCGAUAUGGAGGUUGGGCAGGUGGGCUUUUUUGACCAAAAAGCAGUCCGCACGGUGCGAGUUGAGAGAAGAGUCAAUGACGUCGUAAAUCGGCUGAAUAAGACCAAGGUGGUUAAAAACAACGUGGACUUGCGUGGGGAACGCGAGGGUCGCGAUAGAAAUGAACGAAAUACGCAAAAGGAAGUUCAACGAGACCUAAAGGCGAAAGAGAAAGAUGAGGCUAAACGAAAGGAAGAGGCGUCCAAAUUGCGAAGUUAUGAUAAUGUUAUGAAGUCGGAAAAUAUGACCACCAAUGAGACUGGCUACGAUUCAGAUGAUUUUAUGUAG